AGCAGCAGCAGUUUUUCUCUGGCUCCCCAAGCGCAGGGAGGAAGUCCUCGUCUAUCCCUCCGGCGCUCGGCCACCGGGAUUAGUGCGCAUAAGAAAGGCGCGCCCUCCUGUUCCAGCCACUCGCGCAACCGGAGUUCCCCGAGCCUUUGAGGCGGGAGGGUGCGUGCCCAAGAUAAACAUGGUCUCUCUCAUCACGUUGGUUCUGUUCUUCCUUGUGGCCUGCAACAGCUUUGCAACUGCACUGAGUUCGCACUGCAAACGUCUUGUCACUAAAGAUCACCUGAAAAAUCUGUCAGACCUGAUUGAUACCCAGAUGAAGAGUUCCUGCCAGAUAUCCUUUAACUAUGUAGAAGAGAGUGAUCUGGACCAUCAAGUCUGCUUCCUCAAAGCUGCAUAUCGCCCACUGGGAAACCUUCUUCGCAAUGAAAUGAAAUUCAAGGAAAAUACUGCUAACUCCAGGAUUCAAGAGAUGUUGCUCGAAAGUCAUGAUUAUCUCAAUGAGGAAUGUUUUAAAAUAAAAGCUGAUGAAAGCCAGAGCUCAAGACGUUGCAUCAAGAAGUAUUCUCUGUCUGCAAAGGAAAUGCUAGAGCUGGUGCACAGGUACUUUAGUCUGGCUGAAAAACUUAUCUCUAAAGGGGAAGAUUUCAACCAAGACUGCAGCAGUAUCUUCCAGAAGUGUUCAGACUCACAGAAUGAAGCUGUCAUCUCUUCAGGUGUGGUGACUGACCAAGACUGCAAGUGUCCAGCCACAAGCCCCAUCACUCAGGGACUCGUGACUUCUUUCCUUCCGACUUUCGAGUCUCUUCCUUCUAUUGCAGACCAGUUGGACAGCAAGGAGACAGCUGCCAGCACUCUCCAGUUAUUUAUGGUGCCUGACACCAUGCAGACUCAAGGCCAAUCAAAGGGUAGUACCAGUCCCCGGGUGCCUAGGAGCACCUACAAAGGCCCAAGCAUAGACUCUGGAGUUAUUGCUCACACUGCACCAGAAGAAUUGGCAUUGGCAGCUAAAUCACAGGGACCUGAGGGAACUGCAGCAUUCCAAGAUUCAACCCUGCUCCCACCCUCUUGGUCCCCAAGGCCCAGCAACAUUCCCGCCUUGCCUUCCAGACAGCAGCAAACUGAAUCUGCUCUCCCUGGUUCGGGAGCUGGCAGCAGCCAACUAUGGCCCAAUCAGUUGCCCUCUCACCAUCUGUCUCUUUCGGGCUUAGCCAAACCCUCUCCCAGUAAACAGUGGCUUUCUACAAGAGACAUACCCAAGGCCAUUCCUGGACUUGCACCUGAUUUGGGCAGGACUGGUAGCAGCAGCUCAUUGGGUCUAAAUCUGGAAUCCUUUGUCACUUUGGAGCCAUUGGACAGCUCAGGGGUGCCCUCCAGUGGAAGUUGGGCAGUUCUUCCACCCAGUGACCCAGCACUGUUCCCCAGUCUUGGCUCUGAGGAACUUUUCUCCACAACUCAGCAGUCCUUAAAAGCAUCUACAAGGCAGAAAUCCCCAGUCAGCUAUUCCUGGGGGGAGCAGAGCAGCAGAGGCCAAGUCCCAGGAAUACAGCUGAGCACACAGCUCCGAGAGAGACGAGCAGGACGAGGUGAAGAGGGCUUGGCCAAGGACAGGGAGCCUGAGGAUAGCCUGUCGGGGCCCAACUUUGACCUGAACUUCAUUCCUCCGAACACAGAGAAGGCCAGCAAGAAGCCAGAACCCAGAGGUAACCCAAAGAUGACUCUGAUGUAUGCACUGGUGCCCAGCGUCCUGGGGAUCCUGCUGGCAGUGGGAGGCCUCCUGUUCUACUUGCAUAAAUCCAGGAUACUAGCAAAGAGGCAACAGCAGAGAAUGGGAAGUGACAUGGAAGAACAAGAAGGAAGCCCACUGAGGGAAGGAGAAGAGCAUUUGGAGUUGCAGAUGCUGGAGGAACUAUGAGCUGGACUUUUCCAUCUGUGGGAUGAAAAGCCAUAUGGGGCUUGGACGUAAUCCCCUUCUUCUGGCAAGAAGUUUCAGGAUGAAUUCUGGGAAAUAGUAACCAUCUCUUCCUGUGAAGAGUUUUUCUCCUUGGCAAUGGGAGGAGCUGGAGAGAAAAAGGACAUUUUAUCUUUGGCACUCAGGCUUGGCUUCCCUGUUGCCACAUGCUGCAGUGGAGCCCUUGUUCCACUAACUGGUCAACAAGCUAAACUAAGCAAGAAGAAAUCCAGAAACUGCCAGCAGUCUGGAAGGUGACUUGUACAUUAAAACUGCUAAUCUGACGGAGGGUUAAGAGUUUCUAGGAACUGCUGUGCCCAUCGCUUUCUGGUGUGAAAUGAGUGACGUCCCUGCCAGAGUGCCUCCAGGGAGUUGUUGGAGUGAACCACUAUGUGCCUGGACAAGAAUGGGAAAAAAAUCUGUUCGUCCAACUCUUUGAGAGCUUCCGGUCCCUGAAGGAACAGGCUUUCAAACUGUCUUGCUGCUUUUUAAUCAGACCCUCUGUGGCAAAUUUACUCAACUUGUAGCUGCUAUAGAGAGUAUGCCUAGCUCUUUUUUCCCUUGGCUCAUGCAGUGUAUGUAUAACUUAUUAUCUGGGCUAGUUUUUUUCCCCCUGCUGGACUUAAUUGACUUGCUGUUUUUUGCUUCCUGGAUAGCCUAGUGCAUUAGGCAGCGCUGCCAUUGGCUAUCUUAGUGGCCUCCGACAGUCCCCAUCGUAGAACCUACAGUGUUUUACUUACAAUUUGUAAUGUGGUAUCCACUUUUAAUUCUUUUAACUAGGGUUCACACCAUUAACUUUUUAAUGAAAUCAAUUAAAUCUGCAUAGAAUUGCACAUGACAAACAGUGCUUCCAAAGAGAAGUUUACAUUUUAGAUGAUGCCUUCUAUAACGUAGGAAUGCAUUUGUAGAGACAUUUAUUUUCUCUUUUAUGAGAGGAGCUGUCUGUUAUUAAAACUUAAAAUGGCUGCCAGCUUCGAAGUUAUAUAGUUUAAAUGCUUUGACCCAGCUCAAAAGGUACUCCCAGCUUUCUGCAGCAAGUGCUUACUGUCACAUAAGCAUUAUGAAAGUUGGGGAUUGUAUGCUGGCCUUGUAACAUGCAGUUCUGUUUUCUAAAUUUUAGUCUUGACAGAUUGUGGAGCCAGUACACAGAAGGCUUUCUCCAAGAAGGGCCUAAUCACUCCUCCUUUCCAUGUUAUAGUGGAGAGUUAAUCUGUAGAGUGUUCACCACCCAUUCUUCAAAUGAAGCAAAGCUGUUGCACUUUGUAUACAUAAAUGUUUUGCAUGCCAUGUUUAGAGAACAUUCCAGGCUUGCAUUUGUGGUCCAGGUUGUGACAGCAUGUGUGCAUACAUGCUGUGUACAUGCUGUGUAGCUGUCCAGACAGGUUUUUUUUUCAAAAGGCAGGGCCAGUCUCUGCUUCAUCUUGGUCCAUCCUUUUCCUUGCUGUUUUUCUCUUUAAAGUGUUUGUAGCCAAUGACUAAAGAUCCUGAGCCGGCCUCAGGAUCAAUAUGCUGCCAUUCUGCACUUACAGGUUUAAUGUGCUAGAGAAACUGUUGUCAGAGGAAGGUGUGGGUGUAACUGAGCUCACUGUAAGGAACUGACACCUAGUAGUGCUGUGUAUGUUUUGGAUUAAUGAUGCAAGCAAAUCCAUAUUUGCAAAAGGUUAUGACCUAUCUUCUCAGUGUGCCAAAUGUGUUUACAUUCUGUGAAGCAUUCUGCUUUAGUGUGGGUUCAACAUCCUGAACUGCUAGGGUGUGCAGCCAUGUGCCUUUCUCUAGCAUCAAACAUCUUGAUGUUUAUUUAGCUAAUCCCUGCAGAAGUGUCAGGCUGACUUGUCCCUUUCAGCUUGCCUUGCAACUUGUAGAGAGCUUGUCUACAUGUUAGAGUCUGGCAAGAUCUUUUCUUAUAAAAGCAAAGAAAAUGGAGGUUCAGAUUUAAGGCCAUUAGUGGCUUCAGCAAUCCUUCUCACAUUUCUCAUAUUUGUUCAACAGGAAAUUGUUUCCUAGCAUAGAAGAGUAACUUUUUCCUGCAUUGUUGCAUAUAAUACAAAGCUCAUUCUGCAGUGUUUCCAAAAACCCCUUAGCUGUUCCUUUUGCAGGCAGAUUCAAGAGGUUCUGCCUGUUGAGGUUCAUGCUGGCCUGGGUUGUCUGCAGUUGCUGGAGACCAGAAGGGUUUAGGACAGGGGUCUGCAACCUGUGGCUCUCCUGCUGGCAGGGGCUGAUGGGAAUUGUAAUCCAUGAACAUCUGGAGAGCCGCAGGUUUCUGACCCCUGGUUUAGGAGAUUGGUGUGAAGAGGCUAGGUGGGAUGAUGGUGUUCUGCAGCCCAAUCAGAGCAUCUAGCCACAAUAGCCAAAAGAAGGACCUCCAUGUUUAACAACAGUAAACCCUGACUGUCAGAUGCUAGGGAGAAACAUGAUAUGUGCACCACCUGGCUUGGUCAGCCAGUUUCACAGAAUGCUGAGCCACCUAUGUGGAACUCUGGUCCUUGAAAGAUGAGCUGUGCCCAAAGAGCAGCAGGAUGUGCAAUUGUAUAGAAGGAACUUGAUUCCAGGUCCACUUAGUCAGAUGGUCUCCUGAGAAGAGAGCAACUCAGGUUGAUCAGACUGGAAAGACUGAUUGUGGCAUACCUGUGUCGAGGUCAGACAAGAUCCUAAACCUAUUUUAAAUUGCUUGCUCCACUGAGUAGAAUAGAUGUUAUCAUGAUUUCUAUUGAAUGAUGGGAAAUGAUCAUCUUGGACUGGUGGCCAGGUUUUUGAUGCUGAGCCAGUAUAGCAGCUGUUAUGCCCCAUUCUGAGUAUGUACUUGCUGGCAAAGCAGACCUUGGGAUACACCCCUUAAUUCCUAUACAGUGGAACCUCGAAAAUUGGUGCCUUUGACAAUUGUCCAUUUCAGAAAUCGACGAUUGCCAGGCGCCGAUUUCCACCAUCUAAAAUCAAAUCACCAAUAAUCUCCGGACAGAUUAUCAGCGAUUUUCGAGGUUCUACUGUAUUCACCCACCUGCCUCUUUAUAUAGGAGAAACCAGUUGGAAAGUUCCUUAGAGUUGUAGUUCUGGUUCAAGCUGUGUGUAUGUUUGUAUGCUUUAUAUAUAUAUAUAUAUUUUUCAAAACAUUGAAUUUUAUAUAAAAACAUUUUGUGUCUAUUUAAUAGAAAAUGAUGUAUUUAAUAAUAAACACAGAUGUGUAACACUUUU